GAUACAAUCACAUGAUAGUUUCAAACCGUUGCUGAUUUGUGAGAAAGCGACGUUGUUUGUGGCCGUUACAAGUAUGAGUAGCGCCGCCAUCUUUCAGCGAUUCAAGUUUCGAGCUUUCUCCAUUUCGAGAUUCUCAAUUUCUCAUGUUGUCCAUGAGAAAUGGUACAGAAGCUUCUCGGUUGCUAAGGAGUUUCAGAAUCGUGAAGUUUCGAUAUGCAAUCACUUGUUGAACCGAAGACUCGACCAAGCACGAGAGAUUUUCAAUCAGGUUCCAUCUCCUCAUGUGAGUCUUUACACUAAGAUGAUCUCGGGAUACACGAGAAACAAUAGAUUGGUUGAUGCGUUGAAUCUGUUCGACGAAAUGCCUGUGAGGGAUGUUGUCUCAUGGAACUCGAUGAUCAGUGGUUGUGUAGAGUGUGGUGAUAUGGAUACUGCAGUGAAGCUGUUCGAUGAAAUGCCUGAGAGAAGCGUUGUUUCAUGGACUGUGAUGGUGAAUGGGUGUUUUCGUUUCGGUAAGGUUGAUCAAGCGGAGAGAUGGUUUUAUCAAAUGCCUGUGAAAGAUACUGCAGCGUGGAACGCGAUGGUUCAUGGGUAUUUACUGUUUGGUAAAGUAGACGAUGCCUUGAAUUUGUUUAAGCAAAUGCCUCGGAGGAAUGUGAUUUCGUGGACGACAAUGAUCUGUGGGUUAGACCAGAAUGAGAGGAGUGGAGAAGCUCUCGAUUUGUUCAAGAACAUGUUGCGUUGUUGCAUAAAAUCUACUUCAAGAACGUUCACUUGUGUAAUCACCGCUUGUGCAAAUGCUCCAGCGUUUCAUAUGGGUAUACAAGUUCAUGGCUUCAUCAUCAAGUCUGGGUUUUUAUAUGAAGAGUAUGUAUCUGCUUCGCUCAUAACAUUUUAUGCAAACUGCAAAAGAACAGAGGAUUCUCGGAAGGUGUUUGACGAGAAGGUUCAUGAACAAGUUGCUGUGUGGACUGCUCUACUGUCAGGUUAUAGUCUGAAUAAAAAGCACGAAGAUGCGUUGAGUAUAUUCUCUGGGAUGUUAAGAAACAGUAUCUUACCAAAUCAAUCGACAUUUGCUAGUGGAUUAAACUCUUGCUCUGCUUUGGGAACAUUGGAUUGGGGUAAGGAGAUGCAUGGAGUUGCUGUGAAGCUUGGUUUAGGAACUGAUGCCUUUGUGGGUAAUUCUUUGGUUGUGAUGUACAGCGAUUGUGGAAAUGUGAACGAUGCCGUUUCAGUGUUCAUUGAAAUCUUCAAGAAGAGCAUUGUGUCAUGGAAUUCCAUUAUUGUAGGCUGCGCGCAGCAUGGACGAGGAAAGUGGGCGUUUGUCAUAUUCGGUCAAAUGAUUCGCCUAAACAAAGAGCCAGAUGAGAUCACUUUCACUGGCUUGCUCUCUGCUUGUAGCCAUUGUGGGUUCCUACAAAAAGGAAGAAAGCUGUUCGAUUACAUGUCAAGCGGAGUAAGUCAUAUCGAGAGAAAGAUUCAACACUACACUUGUAUGGUUGAUAUAUUGGGAAGAUGCGGGGAACUAAAAGAAGCAGAAGAACUUAUCGAGAGCAUGGUUGUGAAACCUAAUGAAAUGGUUUGGCUGGCUUUGCUUAGUGCUUGUAGGAUGCAUUCUGAUGUAGACAGAGGCGAGAAAGCUGCUGCUGCUAUUUUUGAUCUGGACUUGAAAUCAAGCGCUGUUUAUGUCUUGUUGUCAAAUAUAUAUGCUUCUGCUGGUAGAUGGUCGAAUGUAUCGAAAUUGAGAGUUAAGAUGAAGCAGAAGGGGAUCAUGAAGAAACCUGGGAGCAGUUGGGUUGUGCUUAAAGGGGAAAAGCAUGAUUUCUUUUCCGGUGAUCGACCACAUUGCGUGAGACUAUAUGAGAAGUUAGAGUUUCUGAAAGAGAAGUUGAAGGAACUUGGCUAUGUUCCUGAUUUUAGAUCUGCUUUGCAUGAUGUAGAAGAUGAACAGAAAGAAGAGAUGUUGUGGUAUCACAGUGAAAGGCUUGCUAUUGCAUUUGGGUUGAUUAAUACAGUUGAAGGAAGUACAAUCACGGUGAUGAAAAAUCUACGGGUUUGUGAAGAUUGCCACUCAGUGAUUAAGUUAAUCUCAAGAGUUGUGGGACGUGAGAUUGUUUUAAGGGAUUCAAGUCGGUUUCAUCAUUUUAAGGAUGGAACGUGUUCUUGUGGGGAUUAUUGGUAGAAAAGUGACUUGGCAAUUUUGACUUGUGACGCGAGAAGGUCGGAUUAAACAUCUGAUCUUAGUGUAAGAAUAGAGGCUAUAAACAUGGUUUUGACUUUUGUGGUGAUGAUUAAGUCAAGAUCUAGUCUAAAAGAGGUUCUUAAGUGGAGAUAGGGCUGUAAAGAGAAAGAGUAGCAGGACGAAACUGCCGGUGAUGAAGAUGGGAGGACUACUCAAGAAACUACUGAGUUGAUGAUAUGCACCCAGUCUGCAAGAUACAUUGGACUAUAGGAGAGUGCGUCCUAUUAGGAUCAUGUGGGAAUUCCCCUUGCAACAUUCCUUCUUCAAGAAACUUCAAUGUUAUUUAGAUUAUUGUGGUGGGACGGAUAUCCAAUGAAAAGUAUGCCUUCUAAUUUUCGACCUGAAAAACUCGUCAAGCUGAAAAUGGAGAAUAGCAAGCUCGAAAAGUUGUGGGAAGGAACUCGGAGGCCUAGAUGUCUCAGGGAGAUUAACUUGUGGGGAUCUGAAAAUCUAAAAGAAAUCCCAGAUCUUUCAAUGGCCACCAGUCUAGAGAAACUUUAUCUUGGGAAUUGCUUGAGUUGGGUGGCGGUUCCUUCCUCUAUUCGGAAGUUCAAUGAACUGACAGAGUUGGGAAUGUUAGAAUGCAGAAAUCUGGAAGCUCUUCCAAUCGGCAUGAACUUCGAAUCUCCCAAAUGUCUCCAUCUCAAGGAAUGCUCACGUUUCACUCUUGAGAAUCUUAUUGACUUUCGUGUGGAAAAGAUAAGGGGUGAGAAGCUAGGGCAGGGAAUGCAGGUAUUGUAUGUAGUUCAAAAACUAACGUUUCCUAAACCUCCUUUACUAACGAUUUUUGAGAAAUCAUUAUUGUUUUAAGUUGAGUUUGAUGAGUGAUGUGUUUA